AUGUCUCGAAUUAUGAGCCCUCCAGCCCCGAUCGCCAUUAUCGGCGUCGGUUGUAGGCUUCCAGGUGGAGCUAACAACUUAGACAAGCUAUGGCAACUGCUGUCGGAGAGCCGGAAUGGACAGACAGAAAUUCCCAAAGACCGAUGGAACGCAAAUGCGUGGUUCGACUCUUAUCCAGAUGCGAAGCAGUCCAUGGUGACCAAGCAUGGGUAUUUCCUCCAAGAUGACAUUUCCCAGUUUGAUGCCAAAUUCUUUGGCAUUUCUAGCGCGGAAGCACAUUCGAUGGAUCCGCAACAGCGUCUCUUUCUCAUGACGACGUACGAGGCUCUCGAAGACGCUGGUAUUCCCGUUGAAAAGCUGCGAGGCUCCAACACUGCAGUGUAUGCCAGCAUAUUCGAGAGGAGCUACGACCGCAUGGGGCACAAGGACCUGUCCACAAUUGGCAGGACGCACCUGAACGGAACGGGCGAGUCUAUCCUGUCAAACCGAAUAUCGUACUGUUUCGACCUGCGGGGUCCCUGCAUGAGUAUUGACACCGGCUGCUCUGGCAGUCUUGUCGGCUUGCAUCAAGCAUGCCACAGCCUUCGAUUGGGCGAGUCGAAUCUCGCCUUGGUUGGUGGCUCACAGCUUGUCAUUCAACCAGACGUUCUAAGCAUAAUGAGUGGCAUGGGAAUGCUCAAUCCAGAUGGAAAGUCCUAUGCUUUUGACUCAAGAGGCGCUGGAUAUGGACGCGGUGAAGGGGUUGCCACAAUAGUCCUCAAGCGUUUGGACCACGCACUCAAGGACGGUGACCGAAUACACGCCAUCAUUGCCAAUUCGGGCAUGAACCAAGACGGCAAAACGCCCGGCCUGAACACUCCAAGCAGCGAGGCACAGGCAGCGCUUUCACUCCGUGUAUACCAAGAGGCUGGACUGAAUCCUGCAGAUACAUCAUUCGUCGAGGCUCACGGCACUGGAACACAAGCAGGUGACCGCGAGGAGAUAGCAUCGAUAUCUAAGGUCUUCUGCGAAGAAUCUGGUAGGACAGAUGACCUUUACGUUGGUUCAAUCAAGACGAACAUCGGCCACCUUGAGGCUACUUCUGGCAUCGCCGGCUUACUGAAAUCCAUACUCAUCCUCAAGCAUGGCUACAUUCCUGCUAACCUCAACUUCAUCAAACCAAAGCCGUCUCUAAAGCUCUAUGAGAAAAAGAUAAAGAUUCCCAGUAAACUUACAAAGCUGCCAACACCACAGAACAAUGGCCCAGCUCGAGUAUCAGUCAACUCAUUUGGGUACGGAGGAACUAACUGUCACGUUAUCCUUGAGGCUCCAGGUCCAAAACCUCAGCUUAAUGGGAAUACGAAUGGGACAUCCACUCAUCAGAAUAACCCUGAGCCAUGUAAUGGAGCCACCAAUGGACCCUUGACCACUCAAUUGACUUCUUCGAACGGAUCCUCAACUCCUACUGAUACCACUACUGUUGUCGACUCUACUCCGCAAUUAUUUGUUUUUAGUGCAUCAACCGAGAAGGCUUUACUCUCAACAUCAGAGAAUACCGAGCAGUGGGCAAGUACCCACCUACUGAAUCCUCAGACUCUACGCAGUCUUUCCUACACACUAGGUGUUCGUAAGUCCGUUCUAUCAUUCCGACGAGCUAUCGUCGCAUCGACAUCCGUGGAGCUGCUGGAAGAAUUAGACCAAAUGGUUCAUCCGAAGAGAGCCACAACUCUUGCACCGCUCAAUUUUGUCUUUUCCGGACAAGGUGCGCAAUGGCAUGCGAUGGGCCGUGAACUCAUCAAUUCGUCACGAUGCUUCCGACAGUCAAUAAAGGCUAUGGAGAAUACAAUACGGCAGGAAGGAGGCUCGUGGAGUCUCAUUGAUGAGCUGCUCAAAGCGGACAGCGAGUCGCGGAUUGGUGAGGCUGAGAUAUCCCAGCCUGCGACGACGGCUAUUCAGAUUGCGCUUGUGGAUUUACUAGAGAGCUUUUCUAUAAGGCCCAGCCGGGUUAUUGGCCACAGCUCUGGUGAAGUUGCUGCUGCAUAUGCUGCCGGUGCCUUGAGCAGAGACAACGCCAUCAUUGUUGCCUAUCACCGUGGUGUUGCCUCCUCGAAUGCCAAAGCAGAGGCUGCAGUGCCUGGUUCCAUGAUGGCAGUCAGUCUUGGAGAGGCCGAGGCGCAGCGAUACAUUGAUAGGGUUACAACUGGAACUGUCAGUGUGGCCUGUGUGAACAGCCCCUCGAGCAGUACAAUCUCGGGAGACUUGGCUGGAAUUGAAGAGUUAAAGUAUUUACUUGACGCCGAGGGAAUCUUUGCCCGCAAACUCAAAGUUGAUACUGCAUAUCACUCGCAUCACAUGCGACGGAUCGCACAGGAUUACCAGGAAGCAAUGCGAAAUAUCGAGUCCUCUGACGUACGGAGUGGUGUUAUAUUCUACUCAAGCGUUACCGGUACAACCAAAUCAACAGCAUUCGGCGCCGACUACUGGAGCGACAACUUAGUAUCCCAGGUCAAAUUCAGCCAGGCAUUGGCUUUGCUGCGGGAUGAUCAACUACAAAACGAACCGGGGAUGGACACAAGUGUUUUCAUCGAAAUUGGUCCUCAUUCAGCUUUGGCAGGCCCCUCUCGUCAAACACUUACACUACCAGGAGGCGCAAAGUUCAAGUUUGAAUAUUUCUCUGCCCUAUUGCGCCAUAAGAACGCUAUACAGACAGUCUUAUCCCUUGCCGGCAAGAUUUUCGAGCUAGGCCUCAAGGUCGAUAUGGAAGCCGUACUCAAGAUGACUGAUGAAGGAGAGCCUGAAAUUAUUCGGGAUUUGAAAUCGUACCCUUGGGAUCUUGCCCCAUUUUGGCACGAAUCUAGACUAAGCAAGGCUCACCGUUUUCGCAAGUUUGCACCACAUGAUUUACUCGGCCUCCUGGAUCCGGCGAGCACUAUUCAAGAGCCGCGCUGGAGAUACCACAUCAACUUGGACGCCUUGCCAUGGCUGCGUGAUCAUGUAGUCGAGGGCUUUACAUUAUAUCCAGGCGCAGGCUACCUUACCAUGGCUAUCGAGGCGAUGAAGCAGCUUGUGCAGUUGAGAGAUGCCCAGCGGUCGAUUUCAAAAUUCAUCCUCCGUGAUGUAAUCAUUUCGAAGUCCAUUGUCCUCAACGAGUCGGAUAAUGACCAGCAGUCUGGCGAAGUUGAAGUACAACUGAGCAUGUCCACCUCACGUCAAUACGAAGGCAGUCGCUGGGAAACGUUCCGAAUUUGGUCAUAUGACAAUGCCAAUGGAUCGUGGACCGAAAACUGCUCGGGCGAAAUUACAAUCGAAUAUGAAAGCCCUGAGGAUGAUGAGGUGAAUGGGGCAAGAGAAGCAGAUUUGCGCAGAGAAGAAUCGAUGCAACUCCUUAAUGAUGCUCGAAAGAGCUGUGAUAUGGAGAUGACAAAGACCGAGUUCUAUGAGUUCGCUAAGCUUACUGGCAACCAAUGGGACGGGGCAUUCAGUCCGAUUGAUUCUCUGAAAUACGGCAACAAACAAGGUCUUCUCGAUAUCAUUAUUCCAGACGUGGCUGCUUUAAUGCCGUAUCGCUCCUUUAGGCCUCACGUCAUUCACCCAAUUACCCUCGAUGCUGUUCACCAACUUAGUGGAAUGCUUUUCAAGAAGUUUGUGUCCAACGCUCCUUGUGUUCCGACCAAGAUUACUCUGCUGGAAGUUGAUGCCAAGAUCUCGACACGAGCAGGCAAUAGCCUGACUGCCGCCAUGCAGAUCGAACCCGAUGGACUAAAAGCAUCUACAGGUCAGUCUUGGGUGUUUCAAGAAGAGGCGGAUGGCCAGCUCAGGCCAGUCAUCAAAAUUUUGGUCAACCUCAGAGCCAUCGGCGAGGCGCAUCAAGAUGAGAACCGGCCCUUCGUCCAGGAUAAAGUAAACCGGCUGGAAUGGAAUCUGGACGCAGAUUUUAUGACGGAAACGUCGUUCUCUCACUUUCUCUCUGUCACACUGGGCUUGGAUGAGAACAUGACAUACAACUAUGAAGGCAGCAAAGUAUCUGCUAUCGAAGCUGAGGAGAGCUUCCGUGUGGCUGACCAGGCGGCAUCUAUUUGGAUUCGAGAUGCACUAAGCUACGUUGAGGCCAACAACGUUGAGAUCACGAGCCCUCAUCUAGUCAAGUAUCUUGGAUGGAUGAAGAAGUGGGUCAAAUCUGACUAUUACAACCAGAUCAUGUCAGGCUUGUGCUUCGAGGAUGAAGUCGGCAUACUGCAGCGCAUUGAUUCCCUCGCUAAUGCACCUGAGUUACAACUACUUGCACGUGUUGGCAGAGCCCUUCCCGGAAUCCUAAGCGGUACAUCCGAUCCGUUGAGCGUUAUGCUGGAGGGGAACCUCCUGAUACGGGCUUACGAAGGUGGAACUUUCAGUAGUGACUAUGAAGCUGCAGUUGCAUAUCUUCAACUUCUCACAUUCAAGAAUCCACGCCUUCGCUUUUUGGAGAUUGGCGCCGGGACGGGCGGCUGCACAAAGCGACUUCUCGGUGGGAUUGCCGGUCGGAACAGCGGCGACGGCCUUCCCAUUGGGCAGUACACGUACACGGACAUAUCAAGCGGCUUCUUUGAAGAAGCUCGCAGCACGUUUGCCGACUGGGAGUCUUACAUGGAUUUUAAGACGCUGGAUGUGGAAGGAGAUCCCCUCAAACAGGGCUUUCAGCCCGAAUCAUAUGACGUUGUCGUGGCAUCGAACGUCCUGCAUGCGACGAAGCGGAUGGAUGUCACGAUGGAGCAUGUGCGAAAGCUUCUCCGUCCCGGUGGAAGCCUCAUUCUCGUCGAGAACUCGCCUAAAGGCGCAGUUAUCGGUCUCAUAUUUGGCACGCUAUCUGGAUGGUGGGCUCACGAGGACGAAUUCCGAGAGGACACUGCGCUGAUGUACAGGGAGCAAUGGGAUAAGAUUCUAUCAAGGAACGGCUUUGGCGGCAUACAUGUUGCACGCAACAGCAUGAUGGUUUCCAGAGCUGUGCCUCUGUUGAUGAACGGACAUACUAUGGGAAACAAUAGGAUUGUACUCAUCAAAGAUGCUGCCGAUGAUGGUAUUGUUGAGAUUUCCAAGAAUAUCAAGCCUACUUCGACCGAGGUUCGGAUAAGCGAGCGCACUUGGGACCGAGUAGAUGUUAGCGAGGACACGCUCUACUUGGUCCUUGAUCGCGCUGAGACACCUCUACUCCUCGACCCUCAACCUCAAUUAUUCACAGCACUCAAUGCUCUUCUUGCUUCAAAGGCCAAGAUCCUGUGGGUCGUCAUUCAAGAUACUCCCGAUCCAGUGUCCACGGCAUACAAAGGCGUAGUAAGUGCUUUUAUACGAGUCCUCCGUCGCGAGAGUGGCAACACUGGGUUUGUCGCCCUCGACAUCCGUGAUCCUGCUCCCAGCCCGGAGGUGACCGGGCAGGCAGUAGCUGGGAUCUUGCAAAAGUGCUUCUGGCCAGGCACUCAUGAUGGAAAGUCUCUGGAACCUGAAUUCGCCUACGAGAAUGGCCGAGUGUCAAUUCCUCGGGUAUUGCCAGACGCCACGUUUUUGAAGUGGGCUCGUAGCAGCUGGAAUGACUCCACUGUGGCCCAGACAGAGAGCACUCUUCAUCAAGGUGACCGGGCUCUCAAGCUUGAAGUCGCUACUCCCGGCUUGCUAAGCUCUCUCCGAUUCGUGGAUGGUGACUUGUCGCCCGAAUUAGGAGCUUGCCAGAUCGAGGUCAAACCCGAUGCCUACGGGGUCAACUACAAAGAUCUGUGCGUGGCCCUCGGACAAAUGAAUUCUGAUGCGCAAAUGGUUGGCGAAUUUGCUGGUGUUGUAACGGCCGUUGGCGAAGAUAUGAAGGACACAUAUCAGGUGGGAGACAGGGUCAUGGGCUUUGGUGCUCAGCCAUAUAGCAACCUGUCGCGAGUAAACGGAUACCAUGCCCACAAGACGCCCAGCUGGAUAAGCAACACUACUGCAGCAUCGAUACCCUAUGCAUAUUUGACGGCGUACCAAUGCAUCAGGAACCUGGCCCACCUCGAGCAGGGUCAAUCUGUUCUCAUCCAUUCUGCAUCCGGAGCUGUUGGUCAAGCGGCGAUCCAACUUGCCCAGUCCAUUGGAGCAGAGAUCUUCUGUACGGUUGGAAACGGCGAGAAACGGCAAUUUCUCAUAGAUGAUUACGGCAUCCCGGAAAACCACAUCUAUUCCAGCCGGUCCGGUUCAUUCAAACAGAGUAUCAUGCGUCUUACCGGCGGGGAGGGUGUGGAUGUCGUGCUCAACACAUCAACAGGAGAGAUGCUUAGAGACAGCCUUGACUGCGUCAAAAGUUUGGGCGUCUUCAUUGAGCUGAGGAAGAGUGAGAUGCAAAAAGCCUCUCGUCUGAGCAUGGCUGCAUUCGAAAAGUCAAUCACAUUCCAUGCCUUUGAUCUGGUGACUCUGGCUACACGAAAGGCUAACCAGAUAUACCGGAUGCUUGGUGACAUCGUCGAACUCAUUGGGUCAAAGGCACUGCGCCCGGUGCAACCAGUUAACAUACAUCCCAUCGAGCAGGUCGAGGAUGCCUUCCGCCUUAUGAGUGCGAGAAAACACAUAGGAAAAGUUGUUCUCGUGACACAGCCAACAUCAAGAGUCAAAUGUCUGCCAGCGCAGCCUACACCUCUGCGACUCCGAAAAGAUGGAACUUACAUCGUGGCAGGAGGCCUCGGCGAUCUACCUUCGCGGAUAUGUCACUUUUUCGCUGCCCGGGGAGCCGGACAUAUCGUCUCCCUCUCUCGGCGCACUAUCGACGAUGAGACGAGACGUAAGCAUAUGGCAGCGGUGGAAGCGCAUGGUGGCCAGCUUCACCUAUUGAAAUGCGAUAUCACCAAUGAGGAGCAGAUGAGGAAUGCGGUCUCGUAUUGCACAGCGCUGCCUCCAGUCAGAGGUGUUGUGCAGGGCGCUUUGGCUCUGAGGGAUCGAACCUUUUCUCAAAUGACAGUCGGUGAAUGGAAGCAGCCACUUCAGCCCAAAAUUGUUGGAACCAUCAAUCUUGACAAGUAUUUCGCCAGCCCAGACUUGGCCUUCUUCGUGGCACUUUCAUCUAUCGUGUCUGUGAUUGGAAAGUCUGGUCAGUCGAACUAUGCAGCCGGCAAUGGCUUCCAAGAUGCCUUUGCGCGCGCUCAUGCCAAUCACCCGCAUACUCAGUAUGUCUCCCUCAACAUCGGCGCUGUCUCCAUUGAUGCCCACGGCGCUUUGGAGGCAUCCCAGAACGAGACCGCAAUCAGUACUAUCAGGGCAAGUCUCCGACAAAAUAGUGUCAUGGAUAUCUCUUUUGAAGAGUUCUUCGCAAACUUUGAAUACAUCAUGACAGAUUCUGCUCGAAAGGAUGGCCUACACCAGUCAAUCCAAGCAGUAACGCGUCUAUCAAUGAUGGAAGCCAACGACGAGUAUUUGCUCAACAAUCCCGUUUUCAACCAAUUACCACAUGCACUGGGGAAAAAGGCCAGUGGCGCCGCCAAAAGCGACAAGGUCGACUUUGCAGAGGCACUGGCUGGUGUGAAGACCAUGGCUGAGGCGGAGCAGCUGAUUCAAGACGCUGCACUCGCCAAGUUUUCUGUCUUCCUCGACCGGCGUAUGGAGGAGAUUCGGGUAGAUCAGUCGUUAGCCACGAUUGGGCUGGAUUCUCUCGUCAGCAUUGAGUUGAAGAAUUGGAUGGUGCGCACAUUUCAGGUUAAUCUACAGACAUCUGAGUUGAGCGGUGCUGGCAGCAUCACGGCCCUCGCGGCCACAGUUGCUUCGCGAUCUAAACUGAUUCCUGAUGAGAUACGGCAAUCACGCCCGAAAGAGGCUGGCCCUGUCAUAGAAGAAUCAUCUAUAUCGAAACGCGAGCAGGGUCAGACCAAUCACGGCUUCUAUUGUUGCCGGACGCGCAAGGAGUUACCCAGAUACCCGCUCGUCGACCUAGACGAGGCCAUUAAGGACCUUCUCAACAGCAUCGGCCACUUCGCUCACACUCGAGAGGAAUACGCAGAGCUCAGUCGUAAAGCCCAUGCCCUAGCGGCACCAGAUAGUCUUGGUCACAGACUCUACAAUAAGCUGCGUGUCAAGGCUGAUGAUCCGAACGUGGAGAGUUGGAUCGCCGACCUACUUCUCAAGGCCUUGCAUCUCAAGCGUCGAUACCCACUCGCACCCUUUGGAAAUUUCUUGGGUACGCACUUUGACAGCCCGAUAGCCCACACCCAGGCGGAGCGGGCGGCUAUACUGACUACAGCGUUGUAUGAAUUCAAGGCCGACCGUGACGCAGGCAGGCUGGAACCUGAUUUCCUUGGUACCAGGGCUAACUGUGGGCACUCAUUAUCCUGGCUUUUCAACGCCGUAAGAGAGCCAAAUGUCGACUGUGAUAAAAUGAUGAAGUACCCCGACAAUGAGUACGUUGCCGUACUGCGAAAGGGACAUCUCUUCAAAAUCCCGCUGAAGCAAGCGGAGACGACAGCUUCAUAUGACAUGCUCAAGGAAACAUACCAAGCAAUCGUCGAUUUGGACUUCAAAGACAAUUCUUGGGCUGGCAUGUUGACCACUGACAAUCGCGAUUCAUGGGGAUUGAAUCGGCAGAGACUGCUCUCUUUGGACAGCAGGAAUGCAGUUUAUCUCGAAACCAUUGAAGCUUCUGUAUUCGUCAUGUGUCUUGACGACAAUAGCCCGGUCACGCGCGCAGACCGAGUCCGCUCUGGUUACAUUGGGGACUCCUUCAACCGCUGGCACGACAAAUGCACCCAGAUUAUUGUCACCGCCAACGGGCGCUCGGCAACCAUCUUUGAGCACUCCAUGAUUGAUCUCAUGACAGUUUCUCGGCUUUCCCAGAGACUCCAAAAUGCUAUCACCACUCUUGAUCCUAGGAAUGCCGCAUCAAGCGACGGUAGCAUUGCUGCUGAUCCAGCUAGUCUCAAAGAGAUCCCCUUGGUGACAACAGAAGACAUUGAUAGCCGCAUUGAAAUCCUCCGCCAAGACUACCUUGCCAUCACAUCCACAAAACAAUACGUCCCACAUCUCAUCAACUGUUUUGGCAAAACGCUCUUGCUCAGUCACUCCGCGCCCAUCAAGGCGACCGUUGACUUAACAAUCCAGCUUGCUAGUCGACUGUACUUUGGCUACCUGCCAGCCAGUUGGGAGACCGUAUCGACGGCGCAUUUCCACCUUGGCCGUCCAGAGAUUGUGCAGGUGGUUCUGAAGUCGGUGAUGGACUUUUGCGACGCCGCUCUUGACGAUGCUAUCCCCCGUGGUGAGGCUCGCGCCAAACUCCUACAGGCAGCACGCGACUGCAAUGCGCAAAUCGCCAAGGGAACCGAGGGUCGUAACUACUUCAGGCUGAUGGAUGUGAUCGAGGUCAUGUCACAGGAUCAGAAGGAUGAAGAGAUGCCAGAACUGUUCUCCGACCCCGUCUGGAAGAGGGGCUACCCGCAACUGAUUAUGCAAACGAUGGUGGAAACAAAGCUGGCAGAAGAUCCGGGCUUCACCAUGCCGCACCCAGAGUCUGUAUGGAUGAAUUAUACUGUGUUUGAUGAUUCGCUUGAAAUAUGCUUUGUCAGUCCAGUAAAGAGCGCAGAGCGAUUUAAAGCGGCUCUAGAUCGAGCAGCAGAGCUUGUAAAGAACAUCAUUUCGGCACAAGAUAUAUAA